AUGUUGUUGCUCUUCGUCGUGCUGGAGCUGCUGGCGGAGUGCCCGCCGCCGCCCGAGUGCUCGUUCGAGGAGUUCCGCGGGUGGCUCCGGAGCGACGAAGGCCUUGGGCGCCUGGGUGCCAACGGCCCCGCCUCCGUCCUGGAGGCUGCCGGCAACGCGCGGGCGUUCAUGGAGACAACGCCCGUCUCCACGGCCUUCGCACUGGCGCCCAGCGCCGACCACGCGCGGCAUUCGAAGGCCCCAGUGUGCGUCGUCGCGGCGGACGAAGUGCUGCACCAUUGUUACGAGAAGCCCCCGGGCGGCUGGCGGCUCCUCGUCGUCGACGCGCGCAUGCGCCAGAGCGCCGCCUCCCUGCCCGUUUGCCUGCGGCUGUGCCAGGACCAAACCCACGCGCAGCGCAGGAAGGUGCUGCGCGACCUGCCCUACGACGAGUCCAUCCACCUCUGCCUCAUGCCGAAGAGCCCCCGACGCCCGGCGACGACGCCUUCGAGCUGUGCUGCCACUUGGCCGGGCCCAAGGUGA